AUGGCUUUGCGCCACUCGGCGCGGCUGAAGAAGGGCCAUCGCCCCUUCCGCGAGUCCUGGAAGCGCGGCCUGCGGCGGCCUCGGGACGCGCUGCCGGACGGUCCGCGCCAGAGCCAGCUGAACCUGGCCUGGGCGCGUGCGAAGAGUCAGAAGAAGAAGCCGCCCACGAAGCAUUCCAAGGAGACCUUGGCGAUCUUGGAGGACAUCUUGAGAGAUCCCGUUCUGUCUGUGGAACUCGAGCACUACGCUGGUUACAAGACUCCGCACGAGGUUCGUGGCCUCAGGUCGUUGAGCGCUGGUUUAAGUCGCACGGCUGACAGGGCGGCACCUGGCGCUUCUGCCAGUGCUAGCCAGUCGCGCCCGCGACGUGACACCGCGCGUUCCGGCCCGGCUGAGAGACCAGAGCUUCCCCGUGCUCGACCUAUUCUCCCUGCUCCACCAGCGCCUCCGCCGCCACCAGUCCUGAUAGGAGCCCAGAUCGCAGAGGACAAGACAGGACAGGUCAUCGAGGUCUUCCUGGCGCGCUCUACCUUCCGCGACCCCGUGGAACAUUGGGCAUCCUUUGUGAUUCUCAAGGUCUCCAAUUGGAUAGACGGUUCGCUGGCUCUGGAAUGCAAGCACUUGGGAUGCACCAACAAUUCCUACGAUGCCGAGCUGGACCGGGCUUUCAACGACGCCCCCUAUUUUAUUCAUCUAUGUCUCUCAGAGCCAUGCGUGGCCCCGGACAUGGACGGCGUCGACACCUCUCAAGGCCUACAUGCAACUCGUGUCAGGUUGUGGGAUAUGAGUGCCUUCAUGAGGGAUCAGGUCUAUGUUACAGCAGAACGUUUGGCCUUAGCAGAUCGAUGGCUGAAGGAGGCUGGGGAAACCCGUGCCCCUCGCAAAGCCAAGGCCAAACCUGGGGCGCCGGCGGGUCCUGGCCGGCGCAAGCCAGCAGCCAAAGAUCCCGGCGCGGCCCCCAAACGCGGUCCUGGACGUCGUGCACCUGCAGAGGAGGAGCCAAGGCCACCGGCUCUGAGAAAGACAAAAGAGGACGACCAGAAAAGGCAAGAGCUCAGGCAGCGUUUGAAGGAGACUCGAGAACGUUUACAAGGGAAGGUGAAAGAGUCCGAGGAGGUAGAGGAGAUACCAGGGUCAGAUGUAGAGAGCCGGGGUUCAGAGGUGUCUUCAACCAUAGACUCAGGCUAUGCGGAGGACGAAGGACUGAUCAAUGGGAUGAAUGUGGAGCCCAAGUUGAAGAAGAAGGAGAAGGCGAGAACUUCUGGGGACCCACGACGCCCUCUGAAGUCGAGGGACUCCAACCAGCUGGCUUUAAAAGACAUCACUACGAGCAGCUUGAGUGGCCAAUUGGUUCGCAAAGCUUUGGAAGUCACCUCCAAGCGGAAAGAGGACAAGAGACAGAAAAGGACCAAGAAGGGCAAGAGUCGUUCCACGAAGCUCACCGAGACGCUGGUCAAGCUUCUCACAGGGAAAGAGAUACACUCAGACAAGAAACGGAAGAAGCGCAAGAAGAGGAGAUUGGAAGAUGGGACGAUUGUCAGCUCCAGUCCCAGCUGCAGCGACUACUCGGAGGAGGAAGCGUCGGAGAAGGCGAGUCCAGAUGCGGAGCUGGAAGCGCCUAUGCAGAAGAAGAGCAGGGACAACCCUGGAUCAGUGCUGCGGCUUCUGGUGGACCACAUUCGACAACAGAUGGAUCAGACAGCACUUCUGGAAUGUGGGAGCGAAAGCGGCUCUUUGACCUCCGGCAUCAAGGUGAUGAGCCACUUCAACCUCUUUGUGAAGCCGUCCUAUCCCCACCAUUUGAGAGAACUGAGGGAGUUACACCAUCUCUCCAUCUCCAUAGAUCAGCUGAGGUCAGGAGACGUCGCCAGCCUGGGGGAUACAUUGGCGGCACGCUACAUGGCCAUCCACCAGAGCCUGGUGGAUGCUUCUUGGUCGACGGCUCGUCACAUGGAGCUGCACCCCAUGGAAGACAGCUCAGCCGCCGGUCACGCUACAGUGUUGGCCACCAGGAAGCAUGCCAGACUGGUUUCAAAGGCGGUCGGAGCGCUACCUCUAAGCGGCGCGAGUGGCAUUGCUGGCAAAGGCCGGGCAGGCCGUGGCAAAGGAGAGUGGUCCUAUGGGGACAAUCGAGACGAGGGCAAAGGCAAUGCCAAAGGAUGUGCGCUGGCUUGGGUCUUUGUGCAGUCAGCUGCAGGACAUUUGCACUCACAGAAGUCAACUCUUUUCUUCACCUUGUUUUGUUCCACAGCAUGGCCCCGGGCCAGCCGUAAGCGCGUGGCCCUGCCUGUGAGGCUGGGAGAACUGAGAAUGGUAAGAGACAGGCUCCUGGAGAGUUCAUUUGCUGCGGCUUUGCAACACGCCUUUGUGCAAGAAUUCACUGAAGCCGAAAAGAGGGUUGUGCUUUCCAUACGUGGCGCUGUGAAGAACAUGUGGCGCCACAGUGUUGACAUGCGAGCCGACUUGAGUGCCAUUGAAAAAGAUGUCAAGCUGACGUUGUUGUUGAAUCCUGAACUGUGCCUACUCCCCGACAAGGGUCAGAAACUCCCCAAACUGCAGGGAAAGAUUCACAUUGUGGAAGAAGAUCUUCAUGCUAUUGCGGAUUUGAUGGUUGAGAUUUCUGAAAACUUGUUGCUUAAAUAUUCUCUCAGCAGUGAGCACCAACUGGCACGGAACAAGUCAGUUCCCCUUUGGAUGGUAGGGCUAUUGAAGACUGCCAAGCAAUCCCACCGCACGUGGUGGCACGUUUAUUUGGACAAUUUCGCUGCUGGGCAACUUGUGAACCCUUCUGAAACCAUUGUGAGUGGAAAUGCAUUGCACGACACAGCAGAAGCUGCAUGGGCCACAGCUCAUGUGAUAUCGGCCGAAAAGAAGAGAAAGAGUGGUGUAUUGCUGGGAGAAGAACUGGGUGGUUUCAUCGCAGGUGAUUCAAAGACCUUGGGUCCAUCACCAGAGAGGCUCUUACGCCUCUUACAAGCCACCAUCUGGAUCUUGAGUAGGCCACACUUGUCAAAGAAACAACUUCAGGUCAUUGCAGGACGAUGGGUCCACAUUAUGCAAUUUCGCAGGCCUGCCAUGGGCUUCUUUGAAGCUAUUUGGGAAUUCGUGGGUAGAAAACAAUUUUCACUAGACUUGGUGCGCAGAGUUCGCCGGGAACUCUUCGCCUGUGUGGCAGGAGCUCCCCUUAUGCAAGCAAACCUGGCCUCAGGUGUUAGUGCUUUUACUACUGCCUCAGAUGCGUCACACUUUGGAGGUGCUGUAGGCCUUGCAGACAGUCUGACUGAUGAAGGGAAAGAUUACCUUACCACUUCUUUGUUUAGUCAGCGGAACACGGGUGUGAUUCCAGUGCUCGUGAUCUCACUCUUUAAUGGAAUAGGGGGAGCAUUCCGAACAUACGACAUCCUGGGUUUUUCACCAGUGGGUUUGGUAAGUUUUGAUAUACAUGGUCCUGCAAAUAGGGUAUGCUCUCGCCGCUGGCCGCACUCAUUGCAGUAUGGAGAUGUGAGGUCCUUGGACAGAGAGCUCCUUUGGGAGAUCUUGCUGAAAUUUCCUGAAGUAAGGGAACUACACCUCUGGGCAGGCUUUCCCUGUGUGGACUUGUCUUCGGCAAAGGCGGGUCGUGAAGGAUUGGCUGGUGCCCAAUCAAGCUUGUUCUAUGAGGUGGUUAGGAUCAUCAAGCUCUUGAAACAGGAGUGUGAGCCUACUUUUACUGUCAAGUACGCUACUGAAAAUGUGGCCUCCAUGCCGAAGAAAGACUUGGAGGAGAUUUCCGCUGAGUUGGAAACAGUUCCUUUUCAUUUGAACAGCAGUGAUGCCGUCCCGAUGAACAGACCACGCCUGUGUUGGACGAGUGAGUCCCUGUGGGAUGCUGUUACUGGCAUUGAAAUUGACGAAGAACAUUACUGGUGGAAGGUCACAGCGAAAAAUGCCUACCCUGAUCAACAGCAAUGGUUGGAAACGGGCGUAUCUUGGGAACCUGGAUUGUGGGGAGAAGUUCUCCCCACAGCCAUGAAGGCUAUUGAGAGAAAAAGACCUCCUCCUUGUCCAGCAGGGUUGGCCAGGCCUAAGUUUUUGGCCAAAACAACCACAGCAGAACGCAAAGCGCAACGAAAGAAUGUAAUUUUGGCGGACGCCGCCAUCACUGAAAGCUUCUUCGCCUUGCUCCGCACCGGAGAAAUACUCAACGCCUGCCCUGAACAUUUCAUUUUGGGUGCUGACGAGGGUGUUCUCAGCGCGGUGGCGCAACGUGGACGUUUCAGUCCACAGGCUCCAUGGAGCGCGCACUGCUUAAAGGUCCCCGAAGACGCCCGCGCCGCGGUGGAACGCAGCGUGUUGCAGCUGCUGGGGGAAGACGCGCUGCAGUCCAUCAGCGCGGCACCGACGGCGCACAGGCAGAGCCCACAGCUGGCGGUCUACGUGGAUCGUUCCCUGUCGCAAUACGACCGCAACGACCUGGCUGUGGCAUUGGAGGCCUUGGGCUUUGCCACGCGCGUGACGCGGCACGGGGUGCGUUUGGCGGCACGGGGAGAGCCUGAGGUGGAAGUACUCGUGGGCCUGGCCCAAGAACUCUUGAGCCACAAGAGAGGUGGCUUCUGCCCCUUCCCUGUGUCGCAUCUGACAGUGGCGGAGGAUUGGCGAGAAGCGGAUCAGCGUGGGCAGGAGAUCUUCAGAUUUUCUGCUGCCGGCGAACACAUUUGGUACACCUUGGAGGAGGUCCAGGGCGGUGAGAUCCGUUGGGCCUUGGAUCUCACGCAGCAUCUGGCGACGACUUCGGGACUCCCCAGCUUGGCCUUGCGCGGAAAGUCUCAGAAAGGCGACAUUGUGUUGGAGCUGGUUUUGAGGCACUUGGCUCUACGGAUCCAGGACCGUGACGCGCAGGCGCUGGCGCGCUUCAAAGCGGCGCUGGCCGGACAGGGCGGUGAGGAUAGCCACAGCCUGGGAAGCAAAAUGGCCAUUUCCAUGGCCAAGGAGAUGCUGGAGUGGAGCAAGUCGGGGGUGCUGGGCCUGUGGCUGAAGGACGCGGAACUCUAUGCCGGAAAGCGCGGCAAAGCGCAGGCGUCACACUUGUUGAAUGCCGCUGCUCAACAACUGGAUGGCGAGAUUUGGGGGCUUGGACAUACUCAGAGCUGUCCAUUGCCCAAGGAGGAAACCCUCGAAGCCGCUGCAGAUCGCCUUCUGACCAAAGGUAUACGCCUGGUCCAUUUUGGAUGCUACGAAGAUGCCUCCCGGCAACUGACUGAGGCGGAAGAGCUCCUGGCGCAUGCCGAGCGCAUUGCGGAGGUGCAUCAAAGGCUGUCGCUGGCGGCCACGGUGACAAAGUUCAUUCUGGAGAGAAGGCGUGGGCGCGGGGACAAGGCCCUGAAGCUGAACGGCGACUGUGAGGAGGCCCUGGAUCGACUGGAGCAGCGACGCGCAUCGGCCAGACCCUUGGCGUGUGCGGAGUCCGAAUCCAGCAGCGGAAAGGGGCGGGGUCAACGGAAAGAUGGGGUGAACCAUUAA